CAUUAUUUACCCAGCGGUUAGCGAAAUAGCUCUCUAGCGUGUAGCGGUAUCUUUUUGGCGCUUUAGUGCAAGUGUUUUUCUGAUCCUGACUGGCGUUAGUUGAGCUGUUUGGCAGGGGGUAUAGCUGUAGUAAAACAUAGUUCAUUUUUUUUUAAAUAUACAUAGUGGUAACGUCAGUUACUAUGCACGCGUAGAAGUUUUCGUCUGGGAGCCAGAGAUACAUGAUUGCAAAUGGGGCGCAGAAAGUCAAAGAGAAAGCCACCUCCUAAGAAAAAGAUGACGGGUAACUUGGACACCCAGUUCACUUGCCCAUUCUGUAACCAUGAGAAAUCCUGCGAUGUCAAAAUGGAACGAACCCGCAACACAGGAAUUAUAUCAUGUAGUGUUUGCUUGGAGGAGUUCCAGACUCCAAUAACCUAUCUGUCCGAGCCAGUGGAUGUUUACAGUGACUGGAUCGAUGCCUGUGAAGCAGCUAAUCAGUAGUCUUGUUUUGUUUCUCUCACUUCACUCAGUGACGUUACACCCCUUUGAUACGUCUGUUGAAUCAUUUCCUGUCUAGCUAUCACCAUGUAGCAAAACAUUGUGUUUUUCUGUAAGUGUAUGACAUGCUUGGAUUCAUUUUACUACAGUUUGGCUUGUUGAGCAUGACACAUUGCUCUGGCUGGGCCAGAGUGUUGCUAUGUUGUUUGACAGUAACCUGUCUACAUCACAAUUUUCAAUGUAAAGGUUUGAUUCGCUUAUGAAAAGUGUUGUUUUCUUUUACAUUAGAUAAAGAUGUUCUGUCUUUUUCUGUACCAAACUGUCAUAUAAUUAAGUUUAAAAUGUAAUCUGACUGUUACUUUUACUAGUAUAAAACAUUCCUUGUCCUUUAUUGGUAUUUGUGAUUUAUAAAUUUAAAAAAAAAAUUCUCUUUUCUUUAGGUUUUUGCAGGGUUGUAUGCAGAUUAUAACAACACGUACAAGUGUUACUUUUGUGGAAGUAUUGUUUUAGUUUUGAACCCUGUCACCAAUGCAAUGAAACAUGUUGGUGGUUGACAUUUUUUUUAAAACUGCCAAAUCGUUCAUUUUUUGGAACAGUAUACAUAUAUUUGUACUGCUAAAUUUUAUUAUUUUCCUUUUUAAAAUCAUGAUCAUGUCAUUUCUAUUACACUACUUUUGUGUUUUUCACAUUUACAGUGUAAUUUGAUGUAAUAACAAUAAUGAGAAAA